UCGCAUGCUGUAUUUUAAUUUUUGAUAACAUUUUAAUUAAAUUUCUACACUCGAUGAAUUAAUAACAAUUUCAAAAGCGCAAACAAAAUAAUUCUUUUUUAUAAGACACACUGCGCCCGCGCCUGUUUAUAUACACAUAUAUAUGUGCGGGCACACCGAUUCGCCCGACGAUCAGUUACUUUUUGGACUUCCCCGCGAGCAGCCAAAGCAGCAGAGCAAGCCAUGAAAUCUCAGCUGGACAAUAUGCAUGUGGAUGAUCUGCCCUAUUUGGAGCGAGAUCUGAACUUUGCACAAAAAGUCUCGCUCGCGUUCCUGCUCUUUGGCGAUCAGCACGCCCUGGCCACAUACAUAUUGCAGAAGCUGCUGACACUGAUGGGGUCUGCGGACCAGCGGCAGAGCGAUCUCCUGCAGCAAUAUGCGCGCACAAAUCCGGACAAUUGGCGCGGCCAUCUCGUCGAGGCGAUGUGCAUCAUAAAUGCGCGGCAGGCAUUGCGCAAACUGGGCUUCAACUGGCAGGAGCUGCGCCUGCACUAUUUGCCGCAAGUGCUGGAGGUGUCGCUGCAUGUGCAUCCGCUGCUGAAGGCCUUGUACAACAUAUGCGAGCAGCUGACCAUCGCGCAAACCGGACGCCUUGUCCUGGACAUCAAUGAUCAGCUGGCGCGCCGGCAGACCGGCCAGCAUGCGGACGAUCCGUUGCGUUUCUAUGAUCACGCCUAUUUGGAGAUCUUUCUGCUGGACUGGCUGACGCGCCACCAUCUGCGACUGGGCGACAUCAAUGCCAGGGGCAGCGAUAUGCAGCUGCUCAUCGAGUACUUCAAGUUCAACGAUCUGCACUCCCUGGCCACGCUGCUCGUCCAGACGAUCAACAGCUCCAAUCCCGUCGACAAAUGCGAAACGGAUGCAUCGGAAACCAAACCCACAAAGGCAGAACCGGCUAGUGUUGCCCCUGCUACUGCUGCUGUUGCUCCAGUGGAUGGCAUCGUUCAACAACGACGCGCCAAUGCUCUGCAGGUGCGAAGCAACAACGCCGGCAUUUUGCUCAUCAUCAAUCAACAGAGAUUUCAUCGCAAUGUCAGCGAGGAGCUGCGCUCGCUGCUGCCCUCUGUGAAGCUGACUGCACGCGAGGGCACCGACGUGGACAAAGAGCGGCUCAUCGAAGUCUUCUCGGAGCUGGGCUACAGUGUGGAUGCGCACGACAAUGUGGACCAUUUGGAGCUGAUCGGCUUUAUACGGACUGCCUGUGCCCGUUCGAUUCUGCGCGAUUCAUUGAUUGUGUGCAUCUUGUCGCACGGGUUCGAGGGCGCCGUCUACGGCGCCGACAGCAUUCCAUUGAGCAUCACGGACAUACAGAAUGUGCUCUGUGACAAUGAGGAGCUGCACGACAAGCCCAAGCUGCUCAUCAUUCAGGCGUGCCAGCAAAACGAGAAACAGCUGCAGACGCGCGAUGUGAACGCCACCACGCAGUCCCCCAGCCAGCAUGCCAACAUGGUGGUGGCCAUGUCCACAGUGCCGCGCUUCGUUGCGCUGCGUCACAGCGUCCAGGGCAGCUGGUUUAUCCAGACGUUAUGCGAUACGGUUAAACGGCAUGCGGCCAGCGAACAUGUGCUGGACAUUCUGACCAUUGCCAUUGGGCAGGUGACCGAGAAGCGCGGCGAUAAGGAUCAGAAAAUGGUGCCUCUUGUUACGAGCACGCUGCGGCAGAAUGUUUAUUUUCCGGCCAUUUGACAGGUAAUUCGUACUUAUCGAGCUGUAUUAUUAUUUCCUUAUUCCUAUUCCUAAUUACGAUAUGUUUUAGUCAAACAUUUGCGCUGGAAUUGAGCUCAAUGUUAACAAUAUGUGCUGCAAUAUUUAAAAAAAAAAUUUUAGUCAAUAUAAAUUAAUUCUCAUAAA